UGUCCAUCCUCCGUCUAUCAUCAGUCUUUUGGGUUUUUGCUGGUUCUCCUCGUUUCACAAAUAUUUCCCUUUAUUUCUGUUCUUUCCUUUUUCUGUUUCUGCUGCUGUCCCGCCCUCUCUUCCCUCCGGGUAGAGAUAUGAAGUGGCACCAUGGGUUUCAUGGAGUUCUACCUGGAGAUUGACCCCGUCACCCUGAACCUCAUCAUCUUGGUCGCCAGCUAUGUCAUCCUGCUCCUGGUCUUCCUCAUCUCCUGCAUCCUGUACGACUGCCGGGGCAAAGACCCGACCAAGGAGUACGCGCCCGACACCACGCCGGCGCCGCCCAGCCAGUCGCCCAUUCGCCUGGUGGUCAUGCAGAACUCGCCGGCCUCGUCCCGCUGUGAGCCCAACAACACGGUGGCCCACGGAGAGCUGCCGACGCCCGACCUGAGCCGGGAGCGAGAAAGAGAGAGAGAGAAGAGGAGCACUUUGGUGUGAGGAAGAAGAGUGAGGAGGAGGAAGGUUUCAGACUGUAGAUCUUUGUUUUAAUUUGAAUCGUUAACUUCCAUCGAUGGUGUCGAUGAGCAGCUGAGGUCAGCGGGAGGAGUCGCCCUCAUCUGGUGAAAAUAAAAAACCCUGAAGCUCUUUGAAUUCCCACCAACAGCCUCCAUCAACCUGCAGCACGAACGCCACCUGAUGUGACCUCAUCACGCCGCUGGACGCAAAGAACAGUAACCUCCACUGAUGUCCAGCAUCUCAGAGGGACGCGCCUGUGAGACACAUGGACACUUUGAGGUCAAAGGGGGCGGAGCUCUCACUCGUCUCUGUCAUCUUUGCCUUCAGUUCCACCUCAGACUCAUUUCAGUAGAAGAAGAAAGAACUGAAAUCCACAGUCUCUGGAGGAUCUCAUCUUCUGGAUCUGAACCUUCAACCAUCUGAUGCUAAGCUUCAUUCUUGUAAUUUCUGAGGGGUUUUUCUCUGUAAGUGAAUAAUCCUCCAUCGUACUUCUGAGUCUAAUGUUAAAAAUUUCAACAUUUCUAAUUAAAUGUUUUUUGGGGUUCAGAGAUUCAAAUCUAUUUUAGCCCCCCGGAUAAAAACUCCAGAGAAAGUGGAAAUACUUCCUCUGAGAUGUGACGGUGAAAAAGCCAAACUGGUUAAAUCCCUCCUCCUCCCCCCGCACACGUCAGGCCGUCCUCUCUGCUGAUUGGCUGUGGCAGCAGGUCACAUGAUCCGAGGAUGUAACGUACUCGUGCCACCGCGGCGUUCGCUGCGACAAAUCCCCUUCCAUAAAAAAACGCAAAAAUCUGAGUGAGCCAAUGGCUGCAUCCCGUCCCUGAUAUGAAUUACAUAACAACCCUCCCCUCAUAUUUCAUGUUGGAUUAUAAUCUGAGUAUUAGAGAUGUAUUAAGUAUUUGUUUUUCCCCUCUGCUGUUUUUUUGACGGGGGGGGGGGUUUGACAUAAGCCUCAGUUGGUUCAGACCUGACGGCUCAGCUGAUGCCGACAUGAGGCUCAGAGAUCUGACAGGAAACUACAAGAAGAACUCGUCUGUGACGUCAGAUCCUCAUCCAGUCACAGGAGUCGAUCACAUCAGAGGCUCCAUGAAGUUACUGUCCAUCAAAACAGUUUUUUACUUUUUAACUUUCACCUACAGAAUAAAAACAUCCGACAGCUGAAUCUUCCAAAGACCAACUUUUCUUUGUCAGAGGCAGAAUCGAUAAACCCUGACUAAGACUCUUCAGAAAAGAUGAUCAGACAUCUUUGACAAACAUUUAUUUAAAGUCAGCUUUUAUAUUUUUGUUUGGUCCAUGUCCCAAGUGCUAACAUGGAGGAGGCAGGGUUUAUGACCUAUACUUCAGCCAGCCACCAGGGGACAAUUGAGACACUCCGGCUUCACAUUUGUGAUUGUUUCGUUUUAUUUAUGAACUGAACAUUCACAAUAAUGGACCUGAGUUUAGUGUAAAUUUAUUUCAUGUAUUAUUUGACAUCAACGUUCAUGUUAAUGGAAAUAUAUAUGGAAGGUUUAAUGUGUUUGUUGUUGUAGUACUCAAUCUAUCCACAAGAGGCUGUAGUGCACUAUCCCAAUCUAAUCAACACUAAAAGUUUAUGAAUUUGUUAAUUAUUUUCUUUAAUAUAUAAAUAUAUGUGAAAUUAUUAAUUUAACUAUGAUAGAUCAUAAACUGUUUUUGGAUUUUUCAUUAGGAAAAAUGCUCCAGGUAAAAUAAAAUUGAAAUUCACUGGCCUUUCAGGACUUCUGUACAACUCUGGUUCUGAUACUACUACUUCAAAUUAUAGUAAUAAUACUUAUAACAAUACCAACAAUAACACAGAGCAGAACUAAUAUUCCUUUAAAAACAUUUAAUUGAUUGGUCGUCUAACUGUUGUCGAGCAGCUUUUGUAUAAAACCAAUAAUGUGACCAGAAUUAAACAAUGUACUUUAAAUCGUAUUUAUCAAAUGUGAACAACAACAAAGGUGUAAAUUCAUGAAUAAUAAUUAAAAGAAAGCUGAACUGUUUGUUUUUAUAUGUACACGAAAGGAAAGAAUUUGAGCUGCAACACAAAUAAAUCAAUUUUUCUCUGAUAGUU